AUGCCCCGGCUGCUGAAACAACUUCAGAAGGAACCGGACCUGGUUCAAAAAUAUGCUGCGGCUUUUGCCAAAGAGCCUGUGUUGAAAGAGGUGGGCUUCAAUUUCAUCACAGCUCACUCCAGGGGCCUCUUUGAUAGCAGAUCCGAAGCCACAAUCAAAGACGUUGAGAGAAACCAUGAGGUGGUGUUUGCCACUAUGUCUGUGGCGCCCUCCAUCCGUUUGUCGGAAGAGAUCCUGGCAAAGGCAAUUCUGGCUUUUUAUGUUUCGUCCAAGCUGGUGCCAGCAGGGGUCACCGAGGAGGCCUUAGAAGAAUGGUUGUUUUGGGAGACGCCUGGCAAUGCAAAGUCGCCUGGCUUGAAGCAGUUGAAGCAGCGGUGCAUUGAUGCAGGAAUUAGCCGUGAUGUGGUAGCAAAUGAUGCUUCGGAAAGUUCAUCUCGAGCUGCUUCCCAUGAAGACCUGGAUAAUGUAGCCCCGGCGCCAAGCAAAGCCAGUUCAAGCUUUGACUGGUCUCGUUUGCAGCAGCGCUUGAAACAGUGCAUGGGAGACAAACUUGACCUCUUGGCUGAAAGCAAGGGGCUGAAAAAAAGACCAGUGGCCACACCCAUUCGUGGGAAAGAUGGUUUGCCUGACUUUGUUUUGGAGUCCUUGUCCAGACAACUCCCAGCAGUGGCCCCUUUUGCCACCACAGCUGGGGAAGAUGACACCGUUGCUGUAGAAGAACAAGCAAAGCCGAAGAAACCAAAGGGCAAAUCUUCAGCAAAGAACAAAGGUGGAAAAAGAUCGAAGAAGCAAAAGGAAAUUGCAGGUCCUGAAGUUGAAGAAGGACUCAAACUGGAUGAGCCUCCAGUAGAUGCUUGUCCUGCUGCACUGGAGCAGCCUGGUACAUCCCCCCCACAGGGUCUUGAUCCUGCAGCUUUGCUUCAGCAGCCAGAUGUGAAGUACAACCCAAACACUUUCAGCAAGAUGCGCUUGGCUUUCAUCAAGCAGCAGAAAGAGAAGGGCAUGAAACAUGUUGAGGCCAACCAGGCAUGGAUGAGUUCAAACUUACGGGCUGAUCUGGUGUCGCAACUUCCUGAGAAGGAACUUAAGCGCAGGAGGAGCGCAGGAACGCACCAGAGAAGCAUCCUUUUUCCGUGUGGAAACGAAGGAUAUUCCUUUGUUUCGCUGGGAAAUCUUCUGGCGUCAAGAGUGGCCUUGCUGGCCUAUUUGAGCUUAGCCUUACUAUGUCGGUUUGUUCUGGAACAGCCGGGUGGUUCAGCUGCAGAGAUCCAUCCCCGUCUGCAACAAUUGUUCAACAAAUAUAACAUUUUCCGGACAGCAAUCUGGGGAGCAAACUAUGCCAACGACAACAAUUGCACUCCAAAGCGGCAUUGGCUGUAUGGAAAUGACCGCAUGUUGCUUCAGCGUUUAGCAGUGGCAGCUGGGUACAUGAGCAAAGGAAGAAUGCAGGAGUUAACAGGUGAUUUAGUCAAAAGAGUGAGAAAAGAAGAUGGGACCUGGAGCUGGUCUGGGCGAAAGGAUGCCCUCCAAGCUUCGCAGCAAUACCAUGAGCGCUUUGGAGCUCACUUUGCAGAAUUGAAGAAGGAAAUGGCGGACCACCACUGGGAGGCGCUUCCGGAAAGCCCCUUUCAAGAACGCAAAGCAGAGCUCUUCAAAAAGAGCGACCUUGAACUUUUUCAGGAGGGAUUUGACAUCGAUUGGAAGAACGAAGAAGACAUAGAUUUGUGGGAAGAUGCCUGGGCCUUUUGUUUUCAUAGCAACCGUGGUGAGGCCAAAUUGUUCGAAGUCAUCACGUACCUUCGUGAACAACCUUCUUUCCGGCCAUUAGAUCGAUGGUCGGCACUUCUUGACCGAGCAUACCAUGAUGUGAAGAUCUUGAGGCAAAUGACCUUUGUAGAGCAUGAGUGA